UAGUUAGCAGCAUGUGCUUGCUCGAGUGUUACUUAAAAUAUUGUAUCGCCUUGCGACCCGACGUUCCUUUUCUCUGCUCUCUUUCUCCAAGAGCCAUCCUGACUACCAUUCGUUGUGUGCGCUGAGCAGCGCGAUUGCGGUUAGGGCGUCUUGCAACCAGGACAAGUAGUAGAUCUGUUCAGACCCUGUUCAUACCUGCCAAGCCAAUGGCCGUGCAGCUGAGCGGUGAUUCACCGGUACUGAGCGAGAAAUCAGGCCCAGGUUCACUUCCAAAUGGUAUACCUCUCAACUCGCGUCCUUCCCCGCAUCGAAGCUCGCGUUCAUCCCAUCAUUUUACUCCAAUGCGUUCUUCUUCGUUCGCUUCUUCUUCAUCCCUUUCGUCAUCACAAACCCUCUCACAAUCACAACGAUACGUUCGUCCGCGCGGGCUGCGGAUAUGGAAUCUUUUCAAACAAUGGCUGCCUAUCUUGGCCUACGGCGCAACUAGCCUUGGUUUUAUCUUAGCUAUCGCAUUCUGGAAGACCGAGGUUUUCGACGGCCUUGACCACCUCUCACACUGGUUGCGAAACGACGAACACUUUGGCUACGCGGUGUUGUUCUGUCUCAUCUUCAUCACAACCUUCCCCCCUCUCCCACUGUAUUCCACGCUGAUCACAUUAUCUGGAUAUACCUUUGGGCCGUGGAUCGGCGCAGCCAUUUCAUAUUGCGCUGCGCUCUCUGGUGCUGUCGUUGUGUUCUGGCUAUCACGAACAUUCUUGCGCGAGCCAAUUUCUCGGUGGCUUACCUCAACGCGCACAUUAUGCCGCGCAGUACGAGCGGUCGAACGCAAACCACAGUUAUUGUUCCUCGUCAGACUCGCACCUUACCCAUACAAUGUGCUCAACGCGCUUCUUGCGGCCACGCCAAAACUCACCAUGCGGACCUAUGUGAUUUGCACGGCCUUGUCCCUUUUCAAAGUCAUCGUGCACACCAGCAUCGGUGCAGGAAUUCGCUCGUUCAGCGCCAAGAAAGAAUCCGAUGUUCAGGAAGAAGAGGAUGAUACCUGGAGCAGAGUGUGGACUAUCGCCGGAAUCCUUUUGUGCAUUGCACUUUUCGUCUACAUCAGUUUGGUAGCGCGCCGAGCGGUGGACGAUGAACUGGAUGAUGAGAUGGAGGUUUCUGGAAGUGCGUCGGAAGAAAGAGUGGCGUUUUUGGAUGCAGAGUCGCAUGGAGAGGAUGACGAUGUUGGAUCUCGACACCUACGAUUACCCCUGACACGGAACAACAUGAGCGAGGCGCAGCUGGUUUCGCGUGAACUUGUUUCGCCGCAAGGCGGUUUGUCUGGCCUUCCCGCAGUCUAGUCGCUGCCUUUUCCCCCCCUUUAAUUGGACUCUUUUCGAGCCUAGACUUUUGUAUAUUAUUACCCAAGGAUAUCAUAUAAGACGCGGAUUGAUUAACAGCCAAAACUUGUAUGUAUGUAUGUAUGUAUGUUUGUAUUUUGAAAGAGAUAUGUACUUUUGGAUAUCUCCGUCGUGCCACACCCAUCAUAUGUCGUUUUUCUCGCAUCUUUCCUAGUGACGCAUGGAGAACACCAAUGAAAAUUGGGUGUUGUAUCUGGACUAACACCGCCCGAGUUCAUAAGAGGCAUAAUGUCG